UUAGUUGUAUACAUAUGACACAUCUGUAGGCAUGAGUGUGGUAUUUUAUGUUCUUGUUUUUUAUCAAUGUGGACUUCUUAUAUCCGCCACUGCAAGUAUACCUGCACUAAGGGCAGACAACCAAUGCGACGAAACAUCCUGCUCAACAAAUGUGACAACUCCGUGGAACGAUCAGCGACCCAUUCAGUGUAAAAUCCAGGAACAAGAAUGUAUGGGAAACCUCUCUAGUCCUAACAACCCAUCAGCACCAAAAAGCAAAACGGGGAUGGGUUGGUAUUUGUAUCAAGAUGUUAAUAAUGAAACUAAAAUCGCACUAAAUGUAUCAUGGGGGCCACAACAUGAUGCUUCCAUUAAUUUUCUUAGGGGCUACUUGGUAGAUAUAUUUCAUAACAAAAUCUUCUAUUGCUCUUACUACUUCUGUUUUAAUCAUACUUUGAACGAAAUAUUUAAAUGGGCAACGUUUACUUUUCCCUGUGCACCCUUCUCCUCUGUUUGCCACACCGAGAUUGUACCAGGCAGUACACUUCGGUUUGAAAUUAAAAGUCUGCCAUUAUCUCAAUUAAACAGUGAUUUCAUUCAGUUGAUAAUGGAAGUACAGAUUCCAAGGUGCAAUGAUACGCGAAUGAAAUCACAUCCAAAAUGUGCAAAGCCAAAGUUUUCCGUUCAACCUGUGGAUUGUAAGAACAAGUCUAUUAUUUUGAGUUACACCAUUCCACCUAUUUUUACUAUUGGAUGGAUGAAAAUAUGUUUAUAUGGUGGGCCAAUUAAGAAAUGUCAGAAAGUGAUUUCAACCUUACGCAAUGUCAGAGAAAGAAAUCAACUGAAAAUUUCAGAAGAGCAGUUUAAUGAAACUGCUAACUACACUCUGGUUGCUUUGCUAAUAAAUGGUGAUGUUCCAACUCUUAAAUCUGAACCGUUUAAUUUUCAUCACUGUCAAGUGGUUCCAGCAUUUUCAAAACCAUUUGAUAUGAUGCCAAUCAUAAUAUCCGUUAGCAUUAUUGUUUCCAUUUUUCUGGUUGGUUGCAUUACUGUAGCAUUCAUAUACAAAGAAAGCAUUGGUAGCGGAAUUAAAAAAUACUGCUGCUGCUUUUCAAACCAAAAUUCCGGUACCCAAAAACCUAAAAAUAAAGAACAACGUAUAAGCCAACUUAACACUAUUUCCGAACAACAAAAUGAGACCUUGUUAAAGGUUCCAUUUAAACCUGUGCCCUUAUCAAGCCCAGUGGUGUUUGUUGUCUUUGUGGAUGACCACCCACAACACAGAGAUGUUAUUCUAAAGUUCUCAGCUUUUCUGUGUCACGACCUUGGUUUUGAAGUUCUUUGCGAACUCUUUGAACAAAAUGUUAUUUACAAUGACUACUGCUUGUGGAUGGAAACUUCAAUGGCAAAAGCUGAUAAAAUUAUUGUUGUUUGGUCUGAGGGUGCCGUAAACCGAUGGAAUCAGAGUGAGAAUCAAUCUGGAUCAGUUUCGUUUGAUCUCUUUAGUCCAGUUUUAAGCAAAAUUAAAAAAGAUCUGUUUUGUGACAAAAACAUCCGAAAAUACUAUUUUACUUACUUUGAGUAUUUUGAUGAGGGUAAAAUACCAAAGGCGUUUCGUAAUCUCACUUGUUGUCAUUUUCGCCUCAUGAAACAGUUUGAGGAGCUAUAUUUUCAGUUAAAGGAUACAGAAAUGUAUUCUCCUGACAAAAUUCUUCGCGAAGAAAAAGUGGCUUUCGACUCUUAUUUUGAAGCAGAGCUCAAUAAAUAUGGACCAGCGUUGCUCAAAUCUAUUACAGAUAUGUGUAUUUACACAAAGCACCACCCUCACUGGUUUACUGAUAACAAUGGAGUUGAAGAAGCUUUAGGUGGACACAGUGCACCCCAGACACUGAGCAUAAUUGAAAAUAAGCUGAAAAUCAUACCUCCAAUGCCCAUUCAGCCACCAGUUGCUCAACCUCCUCAAAGAAUAAAGGAGACCCAUUUUAUAGAUAAUAAGCCAAUGACUUUAGACUUGAGUCCUGUGUAUCCAGCCCCAAAGAUUACUCACCCAAGCAAGGUGUUGUAUGUUCCAAUUGAACAGUUACCAAGCAGAGUCCCUUGUGAAAACGAUGUUGCUGACUGCACCCCAACCGAUGAUUCAGAGAGCCAGAAUGAGUCUAAUUUUAGCUCAUUUCAACUAGACCAUGAACCCUUAACUGUAGAUAGUGGCUACUCAACUCAAAGUCCUCAAUUCCACACUCCUGGUUAUGCCUUUUCGUUUAGCAUGAAUGAAAGAGAUCCGAAGUAUGAAUGUCACUCACCACCUACCAGUUUCAACUUUUCAGAUGACGACUCCAGUGUUGCACCAAAAGAUAACAUUGCUCCAGAUUUUGUGCCAAAGUUGGCAGCUCUAGAUUCCCAUACCGAUCCUUGGAUUUCUUUGGCCUCCAUAAACAAGUUAUAAAACAAAAGAAUAUAUGCUUUAUAAUGUGUAAGGAAAUGAAAAAUACAUCAAAUUCUGUACAAAAUUCUUUUUUAUGCUUGCCAUUUUCAUUCUGUAAUUUACUAUUUUGAACAAAUAACAAUGUAGCGAACAAUAUCUUACUAAGAUCUUUUUGUAUGUUUACUAAAUCACUCAAAUGUGCAAUUACAGACUGUGCAGUAAUUGCUAUCUGGUCAAGGCUAGCUAUCAUCAUACUGACUUCUUAGAAUUUAGCUUCCUAAGGCUAAGAUGAUAAUUAAUAUUUAAUACUCUUUACUGGGUGGUCUGUCAUAAUCUCCAUAUUUAAAUUGCCAUCGUGCAUUAAAGGAUUUAAAGACCUAAUGUGUUAUAUUAUAACAGUAUAUUAUUACAAAUAAAACAAAAAGCCAACCAUGCGUAAAUUAAAUUAUUUUGUUUAUAGAAAUCCCUGCUUUAAAAUUUUUCUAGCUUUUAUAAUAAACAUCAGUUUACUACCUUACAGUGUAUAAACAUAUUGCUUUAGUUUCACUUUGUAAAACAAUAGGCCGACAAUUUUUCUUGUUAUUAUAAAUGUUUUAAAAAUGAGAUUUUCUUUUACAACAUACGAUUUCUUCUUGUAAAAAACAUACUGCCUUUGCCAUUAACACUAAUUUGUGUACAGACAGUUUGUAUUAAUUUAUAUUUAUAUAUACAUCCUUUUAGUACAUCCAAAUGUGUCAUUGUAACUUGUAAGCUGAGAUUAUAAAUACACAAAUCAUAUUGGUAGUCUGGUAAGAGACCUCAUUUUAGCCCAAGCACUUUUAUAUUGUUCACCAAUGCCACAUCAACAAAAUUUCUUUGUUCCCCGUCUGUGCCAAUUUCUUACACAUAACAUGAUAUUUACUUCCUCCUUUUUACGUAUGUACAUUUUGUUAAUAUGUUUCUAUGCGUUGCCAACAUCUGCUGUUGUAUAAAUACCAUAACGUUCCAUGUGUUUGUUUAAAUUUCAAACAAUUGAACACAAUAGGUCUUUUAUUACAGAAAAUAAUACACAAGUGUUGUACCGUGACAGAGAUUAAUUUUUAACUUCCAUCAUGCCUUGUGCAAUAAUAGUUGUUACAUAUUAAAGUAUAGCGUACUUCUUUCUUAAAACAAAAUACAUAAUUAAGUAUUUUUAUUAAUAUUGCAAUCGUUUUUGUUGUGUUGCAAUCUUUAUUUUAUAUAGUGCCAUAUAAGAAAGUAAUGAGUAAUUUAAAUUUUCACAAGUUUUUGUAUUCACAUCAUUCUUGUUCCAUGCAUUGACUCAUAUAAUGAUUUUUCAGA